GUUGGUUAGACGACUACAACGAAAUUUUUUACAAUCGGUUCAAUCAUAAACUGAUUGACUUUGAUGAUGUAUUAGAAGGGAAGAAAUUCCGAGAACGUUUGAAGUGUCAUUCAUUUAAAUGGUACAUGGAGAGUGUAUUUCGAGAUUUAUUUCUACCAUCGAAAGUAAUUGCAAGUG